UGUCCGCCCCGCCUGCGCUCUGACCCGUCCGUCUGUCUGCCCCUUCAGGUGUGGUGUGAGACCAACCUGCGGCGGUGCAUCAGUAAGUUCCACCGCUUCGUCUGCGACUCCUGCGACAAGGCGUUCCCGCUGCGCUCCGCCCUGGACCUCCAUAAGACCGCCUCCCACUCGGACCGACCCGCUGAGGCCGCCGAGAAACCGAAGGAGAACGGCGAGGAACGUCAGGAAGCGGGGAAGCCGCCGUCAGAGCAGAGCGGCUUCCUGGAGGCCCUCGGCCUGCAGCACGUGUCCAAGGUGAAGUCUGGUCCGACCGACGACGAGAUCCAUCAGGCCCACCUGGACAGCAUCAAGGUGAUCCACGUGGAGCCGCCGUCCUUCAGCCUCCCCCAGGAGCCGGCCGCCGCCCAGGCCUUCCUGUCCGGCGGCGGCCUGGGCGUGGCGCUGGGUCUGGGCGGCCUGGCGGCGCUCAGCAUCCCGCUGCUGGAGGCGUCCGGCUCCGCCCUGCAGGGCCUGUCGCACCGCGACGCCCUCAGCCUGCUGUCGCUGCAGCCCUUCCAGGCCGGCUUCCUGCUGCAGCCUGAGGGGGGCGCCGCCACCGCCGGCGCCGCCAGCUGCAAACCAGGAGAGUCCGGCGGCUCCGGCGUCAUGGAGCUGGCCGACAUCCAGCAGAUCCUCAAGGUGGCCGCCGCCGCGCCCAACCAGAUGGGGCUGCCGCCGCUGGCCAAGGCGCCGGGCUUCACAGGUCAGCUGCUGGGUCAGAAGGCGAUGCCGCCGCUGAAGCCCAAGCCUCCCAUCAGCCCCCGCUCCAGUCUCAGCAGCACCACCCCUCCGCCGCUGCAGAGCUCCCAGCAGGCCUCCCUGGGCUGCAUCAGCCCCAGCCUGCCUCCGCCCACUCCCUCCAUCUUCAAGACGCCCUCCUCCUCCUCGGCGGGGGGCGGGGCUCAGAUGGAGGCCGAGUCGAUGGGCGACGCCAACACGCCGCUCUCCGACUCGCCGCCCGUCGCCACCACGCCACUCCAGGAGGAGGCGGGGCUAAGCGUCAGGAAGGCGGGAGGCAAAGCGGGGAGCGCCGCCGCCUCGGCUAAAGGCUCGUUCCCCUGCCGCUUCUGUGACCAGGUGUUCGCCGUCUCCGGCGCCCUGCAGGCCCACAUGCGCUUCCACCUCGGCAUCCUGCCCCACCAGUGCAACAUGUGCGACUACGUGGCGCCGGACAAGGCCACGCUGAUCCGCCACCUACGCACGCACAGCGGCGAGCGGCCGUACGUCUGCCGCAUGUGCCACUACCCUUUCACUGUCAAGGCCAACUGCGAGCGCCACCUCAGGAAGAAACACGCCAAGACGUCCAGGAAGGACAUCGAGAAGAACAUCAAGUACGUCACCUUCAGCAGCGGCGCCGGCAUCACCGCGGCGACCACCACGCAGGAGUCGGAGGCGGGCUGCGAGACCACCUGCCGGUUCUGCGGCGAGGACCUGAAGACGUACCGCGCGCUGCAGAUCCACCUGCGCACGCACAACGGCUGCCAGAGGAAGCCGUUCGAGUGCCGGCGCUGCGGCGCCGCCUUCCUGGCCAAGCGGAACUGCAUCCACCACCUGCUGAAGCAGCACCCAGAGGUCCAGGAGCGCGAGAUCGAGGGCCACAUCACCACGCUGCUGCCGUCAACCGCCGCCGGCGCCGUGCUGAACGGCCUGGGAGCGGUGAAGGCGGAGGAGCUGCUGUACCCGGCGGAGCUCGACCAGCCACUCGACUUCUCCGCCAAGGGGCGGGGCAGCCGGACGGCGUCUCCGGCCAUCAAGACGGAGAACGCCUCGCACGGCUUCGACAGCGUCGACCCGGACCAGCCCAUCGACCUGUCCAUCCCCAGCAAGCGUCAGCGCCGGGAGACCGGCGGCGGCACAGAGCUGAAGACGGAGCAGAGCGCCACCGUGGAGCAGCAGCUCGCUGCGUCUCCAGAGGAGAAGGCUGCGAGCGGCGUUCUUCCUGUGCAAGCUCCGCCCCCGCCGGGCUGCUACCAGCCGCCUCCCGCCGCCGGCCGGGCGCAGCGCCUCAAACCGCUGCUGCCCAAGCCCGCCGCCUCCUCGCCGCCCUCGGUGAAGGACCUGGCGCCGCUGGCCUCCAUCGCUCAGAUCAUCAGCUCCGUGUCCGCAGCGCAGGGCAUGCUGGACGGCGCCGCCCAGACCGCAGCGUCGUCCUCGCAGCUCGACGCCGAAGCCUCCGGACCCGCCGCCCUGGACCCGCCCAGCGACGACGUGUCCGACGGAUCGUCCAGGCGGCGGGCGCGCAAGAAGCCGGCCGCUCUGGCGUCGAGGGAGAAGGCAGCGAGCGGCGGCAUCGACCUGGAAUCCAGCGGAGAGUUCGCCAGCGUGGAGAAGAUGCUCGCCACGACCGACGCCAACAAGUUCAGCACCUACCUGCAGACCGGGGCGGCCGAGCCGGUGAAGAGGCCCGAGACGGCGCCAGCGGCGAUGGAACGAGCCGCCAGCGCCGGAGGGGAAGAGAGGGAGGGCCGGGCGAGUGAGGAGGGGAAGCCGGCGGCGGCCAUGACAGUUCCUCAGUCUAAAGGAAAGAAGAACGCCUACUCCAACUCGGUCCAGAAGAUGACCUGCCCGUUCUGCCCGCGCGUGUUCCCCUGGAUGAGCUCGCUGCAGAGACACAUGCUAACGCACACAGGCCAGAAGCCGUUCCCGUGUCCGCGCUGCGACGCCUUCUUCUCCACCAAGUCCAACUGUGAGCGCCACCUGCUGCGCAAGCACGGCGUGACGCACCGGACGCUGCGGCGCAACGGCGCCAUCGUGAAGAAGGAGGGGGAUGACGGCUCGCACGAGAGCGCCGAGAGCCAAUCAGAGACGGAGCAGCUGCCACCAGAAUCCAAGGACCUCGCCCCAGAAUCAGGCCCCGCCUCCACGGUCAACAGCCCCGCCCACUCUGACAUCACUCCGCUAAGCCCCACCCCCAAAGCAAGCCAAGGCUGCAGUCCACCUGCAGAACAAGACACAGAAACCAGUGAGCAGCCUGACCUACAGGGGGCGCCAGAGACCAAAGGAGCAGCAGCAAAACAGCCUCCGCAGAGCAGCAAGGCCGACAACACGGACGACGACGACUGCCACAGCAACAAGAGUCUCGACCUGAACUUCGGCAAGAAGCUCAUUGACUUUAAGCUCUCCACUUCCUCCUCAAGCUCCGCCCCUCAAGAAGAGCCACGCCCCCCGACUCCUUCAGCCGCGCCCCAGGACGCCCCGGAGGUCCCCGAAGACCAGGACAAGCCGGCGUCCUCCUCUUCCUCGGCCAGCAGCCCAGCAGGGAGGCAGCAGCCCGACUACAAACACGUCUGCCGGGUUUGUACCAAGAGUUUCCGCUACGCAACGACUCUGGCUCGCCACGAGAGGGCGCACCUCUCAGAGGAGGAGCAGGCGGCGGCGGUGACGGAGGAGGAGGAGGGACCUUCACCUGCGAAGGAGGAGGAAGAGGAGAGCGGAGCUGCUGAGCCGGAGGAGAAGGAGGGGGAGAUGGAGGAGGAUGAAGGAGGAGAGCGGGAAGGAGAGAGCGACGGAGGCGAGAGCGGAGAGUCGGAGGAGGAGGAGAAGGAGAAGGAGGAGAGGAGCGACGAAGAGGCGUCGGAACCAAAGAACAACGAGGGAGGAAGGGUGGACAAGAGGAAGAAGAUCUGCACCGAGUGCGGGAAACGAUUCUGGUCUCUGCAGGACCUGACGAGACACAUGAGGUCACACACAGGCGAGCGGCCCUACCAGUGCCAGACGUGCGAGCGGACCUUCACCCUGAAGCACAGCCUGGUCCGCCACCAGCGGAUCCACCUGCGGCCGCGCGGCGCCGACGGCGACGCCAGCGAGGACGGAGACUCCUGCGCCCCCACCCCCACCUCCACCUGCCCGCCGUCAGAGAACGAGAGCGAGUGCGGCAGCGGCACUGCGGGGGCCAAGGAGCUGGAGGAGGAGGAGGACUCCAAGGAGGAGGUCGAAGGUCAGCGGGAGGGUUCCGGGUCGGCGGGGGAGGAAGACGUGGAGAAACGGUCCGACCCGGCCGCGCCGCCCUGCGCCGACCCCCACCAAGCUACUGAAUCAAAGACGAGCACCAGCACCGACUCACCCGCACCACCAGACGGCGCCAAAGAUCCCGCCAGCCGCCCAGCAGGGGGCGCCGCGGCAGACGGCUUCGUCCAGGGGCUGCUGGAGAUCCACAGCACGCCGCCGCUGGAGCGCCGGCUGCCCAACGGAGAGCCCCCCCUGGUGGGCGUGGACUGACCCUUCACCGCAGUGCCAUACGACCGAAGGACGACGAUGAUGAUGAUGAUGAUGAUGCAAAAAGCAGCGCCGGAAAUCUUCUCCCGAAAGACAGAACCUCGUUUUCUUGAAGUGCCUUACUACUAGUCCGACUUCUAAAGAUGUUUUUGUUGCUAUAUCUUUAUCUGCGUUAUUCCGGAGGAUGGAUCUAAAUUUUUAUAGCUUUUUAUGAUGACAGUGAUUUACUAUUUUUGUGCGGGAAAUCUAUAUUUCAGCAAUAAAAAGAUUAAAUGAUUACGAUUUAUUGUUCUAGAUUUGUGUUUUGAGAAUCGAUGAUCAACCUGGAGACGCGGACGGACUUGGGAACUGUUCGGGUCGAACCGGAGCGGCGACGGACUUCUGCCGCUCCGGUUUGAACAUCAUGCUUCAGAUUUAGACUGAAUAAAAUGGCGCCUGGCGGCGGGACUGAGGACAGCUGUUGUAACUGGAAACCCGCCGGUUUGACUCCCAUCUGCUGGCUCAUGGAAACCUUCAGACUGACCUGGGGGGGGCGCCGUCGGUCCUGGUUAAAGCCAUCACACUACCCCCCAGAGGCGUUUCUCUCAUCAUGAUUCUCAGUUGAUUCCAGGCCGCCGUGCGCCGCCGCCGUGCGCCGCCGCGCCGCUCUCUGCAUGUUUGCAUUCAUAUUUAGGUGUUUCGGGGGCUUCUCGUUUUGUGGAUUUUCUUUUUUUAACUGAACAAAUUGAAAGUUUUUGUGUUUUUGAGUGUGAAUGUGAGCGUGUCUCUGGCCGGUCUCUCAUCGUCGCCCCCUAGUGUUUGUUUUUAGGGUAACUCGCAGGGCCUCCGGCAUGCUAACACGUAGCGGCACUAACACCUGUUCCAGGUUCAGUUUACCUCAACUUUUGCUUUUUAACUGAAGCUGUUAGCGCAGCUCCGGACGCAGCCCUGAAAAUCCAACGUCUUCCUCCCGGGUCGCCCGGUUAGACCGAGGCGGCCGCCGCUAGCGGGCGCUAACGGCCGCUAACAGGCGCUAACGAGCGCUAACUUGUCGGAGGUGUUUCUGGGCUCAGACAGACGCUGUGUGUAGCUGACUUCCAGCUCCGUGUCUCAGAACGGGACGACACUAGAUCGGUGUAGCAUCAUCCAGACAAUCUGACCUGCAGCUCAGCUAAACCUGCAUUUACUCCCCUACAGUAUUAUCGUCUGUCUGGUGUUUUCUGGGCUUCAUCUCCUCUCUGAGGAUCCGCCUCCACGCGUAUUUCCUUUGGAAGCGUCUGAACUUUACAGCUGACCCUAAAGGUCUUCGGCUGAGCAUUAGAGACAAUCAUUGGUUUCCAGAAGGAUAGGUGACGGCGGACGGGCUUAUAAAGAAUAAAACAGGUUGGUGUGAACACCGAAACCUGCUGCACAUGUUCUUAAAGGGCUAGACGUCCAUUAGCACCAGCCUUAGCAGAGGGACGGUAGCCUGGCUGUUUCUUCUUUUCUUGCUUGUGUAGAAAACUUUGCUUCUUGUACAUUUUUCUUUUUUAAUAUUAGAUGACCUCAUAAGCAAAUCAAACCUCAGUGGCUUAUAUUGGAACUGUAAGGCGGUGAUGGUCGGUCGUUUAGAGGCGAAUCCAGGAUGAUUAGAGAAGUGGAGCCGCUCCGAUUGGCUCAUCGCUGCCCUGAACCGGCACUAACGUUUUCCAAACCUACUACCAGCUCCUCUGUUCGUACUACUAACUACAGUCAGGAGAGAAAGGCUCGGCCUCUUGAGCCGCUUCUGCAGCAAACAACUGGACUUUAUUAAAAAACUUCUUAUGUUCAACCAUUAAUCAGGUAUCUGAAACUUAAAACAGCUGUUCAGUUAUAAUUUUCUACCUGAGGUUGCUAACACCAGCUAGCGAGCUGCUAUGAGCUUCUUUAGCUAAUUUGUUGCUUACUCUUUAUGCUAAUAUUUAAAAAAGCUAAAUAAAAUCCAAAUGGGAUGUUUUCAGUUUGAUUUUUGAUUAAUUGAUGAUAAGAAAAUAGUUUGAUGGGUUUUAGUCAAGAUGCUAACAGGCUAAUAGGCUAACAGGCUAACAAGUCGCUGUUUCUUUUUAGUUUUCUGUCAGAUUUGAGCCAAAACUUCGAUCAGUUUUUCUUUCAUCAUGAUUUCAUCAGAUUCUGUUUGAUGAAAUUUACCCAAACAUGUAACUUUGUUGAUGCUAGCAGUGCUAAGGGAUAAAAGCUGUUUUAUUGGCUAAUGUUUCCCGCAGUAGAAAGUUUUCUGAAUAAUGUCUGAAAUUUUUCAUUUUUUUCCGGAUUAUCGCAGAUUAAAAGAACUAAAAACUAAUUUGCCGAGACCCAAAGCAAACUAGCUGAACUGUUACUAAAACAAUAAAUGUUUGUGUUUAGGAAGGAAAUAUGGGUUUUUAUUAAUUAUUUUUCUUUCUAAAACUACUUUGCAGAGAGUAAUUGAUGUUUUAAAUCUUAGUGAAUAUGGGACAUGGCUAAUUGGCUAAUAGGCUAAUUGGCUAAUAGGCUAACUCCCCUUCACUGAUGCUAAGAAGGGAAAAAUUUCUGUAACUUUUUAUCAGAGAUGAAAUAAAAUUAUCACCAAAUUAUUUGCAAAAUGUGCAAAUUUGAGACUAAUUUUCACAAACUUGCAAAGUUAGCGCUAGCGCUGAAGUGAAGCUAAUGCUAAUGCUAAGCCUUUAGUCUUUAGACAACAACAAACCAUUUUUUAGUAAUAAAGUUGUGAAUAUAGCCCAUAAAUAUCUUUACGUUUCAGCUGAACUGUGUUUUGAUGCUAACAGGCGUCGUUAGCUUAUGUUGCUAGCGUUAGCUGUUCUCAUGAAUUAAACUUCCUGCAGAGGUGGGUGAAGGAGCGGCCCUUUCUCUCUCGAUGGUUCCUGUCUUGUCUCUUCCUGUGUCCUCCCUGUCCUCGGGGGGUUUGUCUCCUCGUCUGUCCCGUCUGCGUGUGCGGCCAUAUGAAUACUGGACUUCCAUUCGAAUGCACAUGGACUGUUUUUAUUGUAUUUAUUUGGAGCCCAGGCGUGUUUCUGCGUGAGUUUAAUUGUCUGCAAUGACUUGAGAAGAAGCCAUGUAUUAAAAUGUCACAUUUAUGCUGCAGAGUUGUUGAGGAUCUGUGUUUCUGUUGCUGUGGCCCGACCGGCUGCUCCAGGGCUCGGCAGGAGGGACUCGGACUCGGACUAGCAAUAAGAAUCCAAAAGCUUUAUGUAGAUUUUCCUGUGUGAGUCGAGAACAGUCUGUCUGGGUCUGGUGGUUCUGUGUACUUUUAGUUUUCUCCUAUGACAUAAAUGCAUAUAAAACUGUGAAAAUCUAUUGUGAUUAAUUAAAGGGUGAGUUUUAGGUUAGGUUUUUUUGCAUGUUAAUCUAAUUUGUUGAUGAUUUGUCCUUUCUCCAUCACUUCUUGUGCUACACACAUAUAUAAAAAUACCAUAUAUAACCUCGCUCUCAGGGUCUUUCACACAUCCAUGGUUUGAAAUGCUUCUUGCUGUUUCCUCCUGAGUCGCCGCUUGUCCAGAUUCCUGUCUGUUUAGAGACGACAUCAUGAUUCAGAUCUGUCAAUCACUACAUUUAGCACUUGACUGUGAACUCGUCGUUACCAGACACAGAAAAUGUGGUUUGAUUUUUGGUCUCCAAACUCUCUGAUCUGAAGCCUUUUCUGUUUUAUUUAAUGAGUUUUUCUUUGUGUACUGGACCUCAAUCACAAAGCAUUAUAGAAACCCAGUCUGGACCUUUUCUGUCCCCUGCUGUUGGCAACAUGACAGUUUCACAGAGUCUAGAGAUGUAAGCCUCCUCUGUAUUCAACCCAAUAAGAAAAAGCAAUAAAGAUUAUGUAAAGGAAA